AUGGAAGGCGCACACGAUGUUACGCAAAUGCAUCGAAGGGGCCAGGACAUCCAAAGAGAAGCAGGGUGUUCGAAAGCAGGAAAGAGCACCUUGCUUUGGAAGGACGACUAUGUCGACACUGUAGAAAAAGAUGGAGAGCUCGUGAACGAGCUGUGUGAUCUUCUACAGACUGACGUCUCUCAGCUCAAGCGUACCGUGGAGGUGAGAUGCCGCGAGCCAUUUGGGAAGGACUGGCCUGGAAUGCAGUGCGAUCGACGAGGGUCUGCAAGGCAAGCGGUGGACGAGGCUUGGCAAAAGCCAAGUUUGCAGGAGAGACCCUGUACGUCGGUGCACAAUGGCCGAGCACAUGGACGAGUCUUUAUGAAGGAGGAAGAGCGGUGUAUACCCCAAGAGUUGGGUAGUCCCAAAGCUGAUGGAAAGUACCAGCAUGAGAGCUGGCUUACGUGCAUGCGGAUAGUGCGUGAAGCGAAGGAAAGGGCAAAAUUGGUGUUAGGCAAUGCUAAAAUAGCGAAGCAAGCUAGAACCAGUUUGGAAAAUGAUUGGGAUGUAGUAAGUGAAGCGGUAGAAAAACUAGCAAGAGAAGCUUUACAUCAUCCCGUAGUAUCAGAGUUGAUGAAAGAAAUCGUGGUUACUCUCUCCCAAAGGGGUAUAGAAACAGGAGACGAAUGGAGAGACUAUGUCGACACUGUAGAAAAAGAUGGAGAGCUCGUGAACGAGCUGUGUGAUCUUCUACAGACUGACGUCUCUCAGCUCAAGCGUACCGUGGAGGUGAGAUGCCGCGAGCCAUUUGGGAAGGACUGGCCUGGAAUGCAGUGCGAUCGACGAGGGUCUGCAAGGCAAGCGGUGGACGAGGCUUGGCAAAAGCCAAGUUUGCAGGAGAGACCCUGUACGUCGGUGCACAAUGGCCGAGCACAUGGAGUGAGUCCAUGGUCAAGAGCUCCUCUGCGAGAAGAUGCAGAGGAGUUCCUGAGAAAAUUCAGAAGAAAAUAUGAGACAGUGAUUUCGUGCGAAGAAACACUUUUAGAGAUCUUGUCAGAUGAUCAUCUAGCCGGUAGGGCUAAAAAUGUGUUUGCUUCGCUACCACGCGCAGUUAGGGAAUGCGGGUUUGAGGCAGUAACGCAGGAAAUGGCCAGGUUGAUGGCAUACGAUUCUACAGCAGGAAGAAUGAGAGCACUGACCGAGUUGAAAAAUUUGAGGAUGAGACCAGCUCAAGAAGUGUCAGAAUUUUGCGUAGUUCUAGAAAGACUAGGUAAGCAAGCAAAUCCAGAGUGUACACUGGAGGACAGGUCGAUGGAGUAUGCACAAAUUCUACUCGAUAAUCUGAGCGACUGGCCUGAACACUUCCAGUUAGUUGGAGCGUUGCACAGAGUAGAGCCUCGUAAGGCGUAUGAGGAGGUAAAGCAGCUAGCUCUGAGCAUAGAGCAGUCAAGAAUAAUGCUAGGAGCGAAUGAAAGACGCUCAAUGGCGUGGAAAAGCAGGUGCGCACAGUACCAGCAUAGUAGUGAACAAAGACCUGCAGUGAUGAUGGAAGAAAGAUCCUCUGAUAGCGAACGGCGGGGAGCAGAGAGAAAGACCACACAUAACGCAGAAUUAUCUCUUGCCACAGAAAUUGAAGAAAUGGAUACUUCAGAUCAUGAGCAGCAGAGGCAGAAACAGUUUUACCGUGAGACAAGGCAGAGCAGGAAAUGCUAUCGUUGCGAAAGAUUCGGGCAUAUAGCGCGAGAGUGCCCGGAGAAAACCGUAGUAAACCACACAUUCCAAAAGAAGUCCCCUAGGAGGAUACAGAAACAAAGUUGUCUUCCAUAA